AUUAUCUAAGUUCAAAGGGAGGAUAUUCAUAGAUGAACUUAGAAGAAGAAUAGGGAUUUGAAUAAGAUUUACUCCCUCCACACUUCUCCUAAAAAAAGUGCAAAACCCUUCAUUAUAGUUGGCGCGAUUAUAUAUAGAGAGAUAGAGAUGGGAGGAGCGGUGUUCAAGUGGGUGAUGCAGAUGCACAAAGAUGUUCCCAGAGCUGCUAAAUUCUACUCCGAUGGCUUGGGUUUCACCGUCAAUGUCUGCACUCCUCGUUGGGCCGAACUCCAUUCCGACUCCUUCAAGCUUGCUCUCUUCCACUCUUCUAGUGAUCAUGUCGUGCAGAAGCAAUACUCUUCACUCCUUUCCUUUACAGUGACAGACAUUAACAUCACAGUCAUGAAGCUAAUUGAACUGGGAGCGGAGCUAGAUGGCCCCAUUAAACAUGAAAUCCAUGGAAAGAUCGCAGCCUUGCGUUGCCUCGAUGGCCACGUGGUGGGACUUCAUGAACCUGCAUGAGAUCAGUCAAAACUCCGUUAAUUUCAUUUACACAUUAUUUCCAAGAGGCUUCAUGGAGCCUUUAUGUGUAUCCAUUUGGGUGUCAGAUGAUAAGCACUAUGCAUUCAUGGGACGUUGCAACUGAAUACAACAUGUGCAUCAUGUUGAAAGAACUCAAGAAGCAGAACUUGGUACCUUGGUCGAUCCUCACUCCAUUUUACUCUUGAUUACUUGUUAUGAAGGAUGAGUAUGUCUCCGUUGACGGUUGAAUGUCAAUGUAAAGAUUAAUUAUGUCUGAUCCUGAAACAUGUAAAGAUUAAUGACGAGUACGAUUACAGAGUACUCCGUACUAUAUAAGGAGGAUUAAGGUCUGAGGGGACGGCGAUUCUUUAUCCCAUGAAGCAAAAACCGAAAAUUAAGUAUUGAAAUUUGAGUAUCA